GGACGUUUCCCGGAAACCGUCAACUAUCAACUAUCAACAAAUGGGUACUUUGUCAGGUUAUGGGAUUGUUUCCAAACAAUACAUAAAAUUUCCAAAUAUUUGCACCACUCGCCAUGGAAAAAGCCUUGGAACCAGUCGAACUAUGCACAGAACCCUAUAGUUUUUCGAAUCUUUCAGAUUCUCUAAAAUCACUUUCAAAUUGCGACCAGAAUGAGUCUACAGCCUCGUUAUUCAAUACGCUAGUGCAAGCAAUCGGGGAACUACAACUCAACCGCAGCACCCCAAUAACUGACGUGAAAAUAGGCAAUGUUCCUGCAGAAACAGUUCUAAUCAACUGUUUGAAACAGCUGAGACUUAAAGUGACUAACAAACAUUCCUGUGACUAUGUUCUGGAAAAUGCCGCCAAGUUUUUACCAGUUCUGGAUACCCUUGUACACUACAUAUUAACCGAAGAAAAUGCUACUGCAUUAUACACAAAGUAUUUGCUGCAUGUUUUGAUAAACUGGUUGAGCUGUAGCAGCGAGCAGGAGAACAGCGAAAGAAGCAUUUUGCUGCAAAAGUACAUUUCCUCAAAUAAACUGCAAGCAUUUUUCUGCAAUGCUUAUGGAUGUUUUCACGAAGUAAGCGCCUUGCUGUAUAAUAUCCACCGCAGCAACUGCUCGCAAAUCGAGGACAUUGAUUUAAUCGAGUCCAUCUUGUUGCAUGAUGUUCAUCCGAAUACCUCCAAUGAAUAUACGGGGUUUUUGGUGGAGCUGUUAAUGUCCCAGAAUUAUGUUUGGGCCAGUUAUAGCCAGUUGAAACACCAAGCCAGACUGGCGCUUCAGGAUUCAUUGAGAGACAAUUUUAUUGCCGAUAAGCCAAUGGAAACUUUACCUGAAGAGUGUUUAAAAUGCCUGUGCCACGCUUUUAAAACGUCCAUUGAUGUGGUUUUCCAAGUUUCCAAAGACAAUGAUUUGUCUGCGAUUCGAGAAGUGGCACUUGUGCUGGAAAAUAUCGGGCAUGCAGCCAGUGUUGAAAAAUUCUUGCACAUCCUACAAAAAGAUAAGGAUUUACUGGUGAAUGCCGGCGUGCUCUUAAUCAAUGUUCAUCGACUUGGACAAAGUCCCGAUCACAUUUUCACUCCGUUGAAAAAACUGUCUACUAUACAAGAUGAUGAGUCGUUGCGAAGCCCCAUAACGGGGUUCAAAGCUGAUCUGAUUCGACUUGUUGGGAAUUUGUGCUGGAAAAAUCGAACAAUGCAAGAUUUGGCAAGAGAGGGUGAACUGAUUCCGGUACUAUUGGACUCCUGCAAUAUUGAUGCCAAAAAUCCAUUUAUAAUGCAAUGGGCGAUUUUAUCGCUUCGAAUUAUCUGCGAUUGCAAUCAGGAAAAUCAAGCGAUCAUUGCAGGCCUUUCCAAGCAAGGCGUGAUUAAACCCGACGCUCUGCAGGAAUUGGGACUUACGUUGCAUGCAGACGGGGAACGAAAAGUUGGUAUUAUUCGUCUAGAUGUCAAUGAAUAAAUUGCAUUUUAUUUA